UUAUUUACAAAAUAGUCUCUCUCUCUCUCACACGACUGUAUAUAUUCAUUCGUCAUUCAUUCCUUCGUUUCCUUAAAAUCAAAAGUUCAACAAAGCCAACCUAAAAUCACUCAAGUGAAUGCGGUUUCAAACAUCAAGAUAAAAUUUUAUUCUUUUUCGAUAUACGGAGAAAUUUAGGGAUUCUUUCUUCUUUUUGCCGGAAGAGAGGAUAAAAAAUGCCGUUGACGAGGUACCAGAUAAGGAAUGAGUAUAGCUUGGCGGAUCCGGAGCUCCAUAGAGCUGCCGACAAGGAUGAUCCUGAGGCUUUACUUGAAGGCGUCGCCAUGGCUGGCCUUGUUGGUCUUUUGCGCCAGCUCGGUGACCUCGCCGAGUUUGCUGCUGAGAUUUUCCAUGACUUGCAUGAAGAGGUAAUGGCAACUGCUGCAAGAGGCCAUGGUCUAAUGGUUCGAGUCCAACAACUUGAGGCGGAGUUCCCUUCCAUUGAAAAAGCAUUUUUAUCACAAACCAAUCAUUCAUUAUUCUUUACCAAUGCAGGUGUUGACUGGCAUCCUAACAUGCGCACUGAACAUAAUCUGAUCACUCGUGGAGACUUACCUCGCUGUGUGCUGGAUUCUUACGAGGAAUGUCGGGGCCCUCCACGGUUAUUCCUUUUGGACAAAUUUGAUGUUGCGGGUGCUGGGGCGUGUUUAAAGCGUUACACUGAUCCAUCAUUCUUUAAAACAGAAUCAGCUUUCCCUGGAAUUGAACCAGUAGACUUUCAGAGAGAAAAGAAAGCCCGUAAAGUGAAGAAGAAAGGAUCACGCUGGAGGAAUCUGGAGACUCCAGAAUUUGCACCGACAUCACAUGCCAAAUUACAGCAGCUGUUUUUGGAGGAGCGUAUUGAGAAUGCUUACAAUGACCCUGCCCGUCUUGUAAAACUAAAAAGAAGGCAAUUAAAUGAAUCUCCACUACACUCAAAAUCUGGGAAAGGUUACAUGGAGAAAUUCCUUGAGACUCCCUCACUGGACCAUAAAGCAGUUUAUGAGGCCUCUGGUACUCCACCACCUCUGAGAUUGACAUUGGAUCAUUCUAGUGAAUCUGGACUUGAAAUACUUGAAAUUGGUACAGUGAGUCCUGUGAAAAAUUCAUCACAAGGAAAGGAAACCUCAAGUUCUUCACCUACUGUCCAAGAAGUUGUCCUGAAACCUGCCAUGGAAGAGUUGAAUGGACAAGUCAUCGACAGAGAGAUUGUGCGGGUGCCUGAACCAACAAGUAAUUUCACGGAUGGAAUUCCCCCUCCCUUUCAUAAAGUAACAAUUGAAAAGGAAAUAAUAGUAGAUGGAGAAGGCAGAAGAGAAUGCAGCACAGAUGGGGACCAUUCUGAUGACAUGACCAGUGAGGUUGACAAUUACAUGGAUGCCCUUACUACCAUGGAAUCUGAAAUGGAUACAGACAAUGAAUACAGAUCUAAGAACGACAUUGGCUUCUUAAAUGGUUCUGAUGCAACUGACGAAAAGCUUGAGGUCCAAGCCCAUUCAUCAGAUUCUCAUUCAGUUGUGAUCUCUGUAUCUGAUGAUGGAAACAGCUCAUUCAAGAAAGGAACAUCUAGUUUUUCCUACUCUGAUACUUUAGACAAUCUGGCUGAAGAUAUGCCGUCAGAUGGUGAAGUAGCAGCUAAAGUGUUCCCUUCUAAUAAAACUUGUGUUACAGAGAUUGUUGAGGCACCAUCCAUCCAGCUUCCUGCAUGUUCAGAGAUGCAAUGUUCCAGUUCUGAUAAGGUUUUGUCACCGAAAGAUACCUGUUUUGGCGAAUGUAGGCUUCCUGAUCUUGGAGAAGCAUCUUAUAGUUCAUGUCUUGAAGAUUUGAAUUCCACGCAUAUUUUGUUGGAUCAAGCCAAUUCAAUGGUAUUUUCUUUGCUGGAACAGCAGCUUGAUGAAGUGCCCUCUGAUGGUGUUAAAACUAAUUCUGAUGUGUCAGACUGUGAUGGUGGAAAAUAUUUGGCUGAUUCUGCAGAAGUCAAUUUUGCUGACGUUUCUGAGAAAUAUGAGGUUUCUUUGCUCACUCUUUCUACUGAAAGCCAUCCAGUGGAUGAGUUGGACUGUGGAGGCACAAAUGUUUCUUCUGAUGGUUUGCCAAAUUUAUCAAACAUUUUGCAGCUUGCUCCUGAAAAGAGAAGUGGUAAGGAUCCUUUAGAUGAAGUUCUUAAAACUGAUUUUACUGGAGAAAGUUAUGCCGAAAAUUCAGUCAACCAAAUGAAUUCACGAUAUUCCAUUACUUUAUCGACAGAGGAGCAGCUCCCUUGUUCAACCUUGGCAGAAGUAGAAAGAGGUUCAGGUAUUACACUACCAGCUAAAGGUUUGGAUGUUAAGAGGCCUGUCAACUUAUCUUCAGAGGUCAAUGAUACUGCUUUAGAAGCUGGUCUUGACUCAGAAUGUAUGACUCCUAUGCUGGAUACUUCGGAGAUUUGUGGCUUUAAUGAACAGCAAUUUUCAGACAUACUACACGAUGAUCCAGAACUUGAGGUUGACCCAACGGAGGUAGGAGCUUCAUAUUCUGAACAGAAGCAAAAUGUUGAUGAACUUUUUGAUGCUGCAGAGGGAGAAGAAACUAGGGAAUUUACCUGCAGUGUGAAUGUGGUGGAUGGAGAUGCUAUACCUUGUGAUCUUCAAUCUCAUUGCGCUGAUAAUUUGGACCUCAAGGAUCAUGUGGGCUUAGAUGAUCUGGCAUCUGAAAAUGUUCUAGCUGAAAGUAUUGCGGUAUCCACUGCUGCUUGUGGUUCUACUGACUUUGAUGAUGGUGUUGAUAAUAUUACUUUUCAAUCUUCAAAUUUGAUUUGUUCUCAAUCUGGAAAUCUAAUGAAUUUGGAAGAGUCUCUUUCCGGUGCUGCAGAUCUAUGUGUGGAACAACCGGAAUCUAAUGAGGUUAUUUCUCAAGGAUGUCAUAUAGAGUUAGAGACACGAGAAGAAACAAAUCCAGUGGAUGGUACUCCAGCAGAUAUAGAUUCCACUUCACGCAAAUCAGUCUCUCACAACAAUUACAAUUUACAAGAAGAUAUUCACUAUUCGUCCCUGGCUGAACCAACCAAAAGUUUGAAUUUCUUUGAUUUAACUGCUUCACCAACUUCUUCAGAAUUGAGCGAUCAAGGGUCAGAAUUGAAAUAUUCAAGUCAUCUGAUGGUGAGUAGGGCAGAUUUGGUGUAUUCAUCUAGUUACAACUUCUCAGAAAAAGAAACCUCUUUAGAACAGUCAUCAGACUUCCCCACUAAUCAGCAUGAUGUGGGAAAUCUGCAUAUAGUUGAAGAUAGUUCAAAUUCAUCAUAUCUCCUGUCCAAUCAGAUACAGUCUCUGGAUCACAUAGAUCAGGAAAAUUGCUUACAAACUUCUAUUGAACAUUCCGAAGAAGGCUCUUUGAGCAAACCUUCAUUAGAGUUUUCACAAAAAUUAGGUAGGCAGGAUAAGCAAGAGAUUUAUCCAUCAGAUCCUAUUCAUCCUGCCUUUGGCCUGCUUCCUGAGGCAACUAAAGUUAGCAUGGAGGAACUGCCACCAUUGCCUCCUCUUCCUCCAAUGCAAUGGAGGAUAGGGAGAGUUCAACAUGUUUCUCCAGCUUCACAAAGAGAAUUGGUUGAACAGGGCCAGGGGUUAUUCCCAAGGGUUCCAGAAUAUGGAACUGAAGAAAAAGCUCAAUUUGGUUUACCAGCAUUAGAGCAAGGGAUUGAACAACCUAGAAACCCUUUUUUACCCAUUGUGGACGGUGAAGAGAGGUCUGGUCAUCUGUCUGAUCAAUUGGCUGUUGAUUGCAUGCAGCCCAGUUCUUUCUCUAUGCACCCUCCAACUAUGGGUAGCAAUGCAAAUAGCCAAUACAGUGAUGUCUGUUUAGAUAGAACACACUCAAACCCAUUUUUAACAUUACCCAUAAUAUCUAAUGAAAGCCUUGAAUAUGGUUCCAUUGCUAUGGAGGGUGAUAUGGUAGAAUCCAGUUACUCAUUGCCGAUGCCAGCUACUGAUACAAUUUCUAGACAUAUUCCUGUAUCUUCUCAUGAGAAAACAACACAUCCUCCAAACCAAUUUGUACUGGAUAUAGGUUUGGAAGGUGGGCACCCUAAACAAAAUUCUGAGGGAGAACUGGGGAAUCCUCCUGAUAUAUUUGUGCACCCACAAACUAAGAGAGAGGAGCAGAUUCCAACCAAGAUAGCAGAGGAUCUUCCUAAAGAAGUAGAAGAGCAGCCUCAGCAUGGUUUGGCAAUUUCAGAGGGAGAAACUGCACAGACAUCAAAUGCCAUUGUUCAGCAUGGUUUGGCAGCUCCUGAGAGAGAAACUGCACAGACAUCGAAUACAACUGUGCAUCAUGAUUUGUCAACUUCAGAGGAAGAAGCAGCAUGGCCAUCAACUAUGCUUGCUCUAUUACCGGUUGUUGAAGAUGGAAACCCAAAUGGGAAUCGAACUUUGAAGCUUCCUCGACCUCGCAAUCCUCUCAUUGAUGCUGUUGCUGCGCAUGACAAAAGCAAGUUGAGAAAGGUAACUGAGCGGAUUCGCCCUCCAAUCAUUCCAAAGGUAGAAGAAAGAGAUUCCUUGCUAGAACAGAUACGAACCAAGUCCUUCAACUUGAAGCCUGCGGUGGUGACCAGACCCAGUGUUCAGGGUCCUAAAACCAACUUAAGAGUUGCAGCAAUCUUGGAGAAAGCAAAUGCAAUUCGCCAGGCAUUGGCUGGAAGUGACGAAGAUGAUGAUGAAGAUAGUUGGAGUGAUUCUUGAAAGGACUGAGGCAAUGGAACAUUUUUUUGUGGUUACUUCUUCAAAAUGUUUGAUCCAAUAUUACUUUGUCCAUCUAAGUGAAUAGGAAAUAUCUUUGGUAUGGUCACUGGUAUAUUCUUUUCCUCGACAUUCUCAUUCCGUUGGUGUAUAAUAUUCUGCGCUUCCCAUUGUGUAUCUCACUUACACAAUGGAGACUUUUAGUCACGGGCACUUGGCUUGGCUCUCUGCUAUAGUAUAUAUACAUAUAUAUAUAUAUGUAUGUAUUUAUUCAAGGAAUCCAAUGUGCGGUGAAAUGUAAUGCUUAUACAAGAAAAACUUUCACGGGGGUCGGCGUGCAAGCGCUGCGACAUUCAAAUGAUGUGUCGUAUUAUUUGAAGAUCUCUAAACGUGUAAAUUUGUUUUUGAAAAAUUACUAGUCUGUGAGCAUGUUUGUGUUGA